CCAAGGACCUCUCUCCUCUAUCAGGGCCGCCAUUAAGAAAACGACGACUAGAGCCACUUCUCUGAGCGAGAGUAACCCCAGAGAUCGAAGGCGUCCAGAGAUCACCAUCCUUUCAGCAGAGCCACUGGUGUCUAAUACCUGGUUCCCCGGGGCUUCUGGGGGAUUCCCUCCUCCUCCUCCUCCCGCCGCUCAGAUCUGGGGCAGUAGUAUACCUCCUACUAUACAGCCUCCCCCCUCCUAUGAUGAGGUGAUUAGAGAGAAGAGACAGGAACAGGAUCAAGUGUUGCCUCUCUCCUCCUCUUCCUUCUCCUCACCCUUAUGCUCCGUCUCCACGACUACCAUCGCCACGCAGACUGACACCGGACCAAAAUCCUCAGUUCCAACUCGCAGUCACGCCCCAGUCCAGAGAGGCUCAGUGGCCACCAGAGCUCCAAAACCUCCCAGACCUUCUUUUCCCUUUAUAUCCAAACCUGAUGACACGCCGUCGCGCGUUGAUGACACGGUGGGAACUGCUACUGCUACUGUCGACCCUCUCCUUUUCCUAGAAGACCGUCCGGCACUACACACACACACUCCGACCAGCAGACACACCGAGGACACCAGACCAGCAGCGUUUCACAGUGACCUCUUGACCUCUGAUCCUUUCUCACCUCUGACCUUUGCCUCUGGCAGCCAGACCGACCAAUGGGUGCAGUCCUCCUCGGUCCCACCCCCUCAUUCCACUGUUGCCUUGACAACUCCCUCCUCCCCUCCUCUGCUUCAUAACCGGCCCAGGCCACACCCUCGCACGAAGAAUAGCCUUCGACCAAUCAGGCGAGAGGUCAAGGUUCAGACCCUGGUGAGGCUGGGACAGACAGAAAGUGAGGUCACAGAGAACCAGGAAGUGAGUUAUCAGGAGGGGAAGUACCUUCAGGAGCUCCUGGACGCCUUUAGCUCUGACGAUUGGGGCUUACCUGAUCACCAUAGCAACGACAACAGCGAGAGCGACUCGGGAGAAGAAGAAGAGGAAGAUAUGAGUACUCUGAGAGCCAGGAUACAAGCCUUCGAGCAGCAGCAACAGGCAGAGGACCACGGUAGCCAUGCAGACAACGGCGCGUUGCUAGGGCGGGGGAGACCUGAACCCCGUCACCGAGUCCAGGCCCCGUCCAAACCGGCCCCUCCCAUCGCCCCUAAACCCUCCCUCGCAACCAAGACCGCCUGCAAAGGAGUCUGGCAAGGAGGAGGCUCGGUGGCGAUCGCCGUGAACUUGACUGCUGAUACAACCACCGCACAGCCCAAACCCAGUGACCCGUCUCCCAAACCCAGUGACCCGUCUCCCAAACCCAGUGACCCGUCUCCCAAACCCAGUGACCCGUCUCCCAAACCCAGUGACCCGUCUCCCAAACCUAUUAAGACCACCUUAAGUACCCCUGUCCUUGUUCCUGUCCCUGCCCUUAACCCUAUUGUCCCAAUCCCUGCACCCCGACCCCUGCUCCCUAGAAAGCCCCACUCUGAACCCCAAAGACCAGACCGCCAGGCGGGGCAGACAGAGGGGACCCCCCCAAAUCCCUGUCCUCCUCCCAGACCUCCAGUAGCACCCAGGACUAAACCCUCCGUAGACCUCCACAGCACCAACACUAGACCAAGUGUUGCUCAGAAGCCCACUGCCAUGACGUCAUCCGGUCGAGCAAGUGCCCUACCAGAGAACAGGAGACCUUCUCUGGCAUCCAAACCCUCCAUCCAGACUUUAAUCCCAGCUCCAGUCCAGGAUACUCCCCCAACCUUAGCCCCAUCUCCAACCCCAAACCCAGCCCUAGUGGGGUCUACUCCCCCACCCCUAGUGGGGUCUAGUCCCCCAGCCCCAAACCCAGCCCCAGUGGGGUCUAGUCCCCCAGCCCCAGUGGGGCUUAUUCCACCAGCCCCAGUGGGGUCUAGUCCCCCAGUCCCAGCCCCAGUGGGGUCUAGUCCCCUAGCCCCAAACCCAGCCCCAGUGCGGUCUACUCCCCCAGCCUUACCCCCAGCUCCAGUGCGGUCUACUCCCCCAGCCUUACCCCCAGCUCCAGUCCAAAGGAAAACCCCACCGGUCUCCACAGAGUCUGAACCUCCUCUUCCUCCUCGACCCCAGGGAGGGGUUAAGAUUCUCCCCCUCCGCCCCCCUCCCAUAAAGACUGUUCCUGGUCGACCCCCACCUCCCCAGGCUAUCUCCGCCUCCUCUACCACAUUAGCUAAUCAGCAGACCCCUCCCCAGGCUAUCUCCGCCUCCUCUACCGCAUUAGCUAAUCAGCAGACCCCUCCCCAGGCUAUCUCCACCUCCUCUACCGCAUUAGCUAAUCAGCAGACCCCUCCCCAGGCUAUCUCCGCCUCCUCUACCACAUUAGCUAAUCAGCAGACCCCUCCCCAGGCUAUCUCCGCCUCCUCUACCGCAUUAGCUAAUCAGCAGACCCCUCCCCAGGCUAUCUCCGCCCCCUCUGCUAUAUCAUCCAAUCAGCCAUCCCCUCCCCAGGAUGUCUCUGCCCCCUCUACCACAUCAGCCAAUCAACAGGCUGUCCCCACCCCCUCCAAUCAGCCGCAGGUUCAGAGGGCACCAAAGAGAGGCCCCCCUCUACCCCCCCGACCCAAGCCUGGACAUCCCCUGUACAAGAACUACAUGAAACAGGACGUCCUGGUUCUGUUGGAGAAGACAGACUCCGCCCACGAUGACUGUCUCCUGGGGGAGGAGUCAGGUCGGGUUCAAGGGUCACACAUUACUGUCACCACCCCUCUGCCUGACCAAUCACAGCCUCCCGACGACCAACACAACCAAUCGGAUCCCGCAUCGGAUGACAAGAGCCAAUUGAAGCCUCCCUCUGAAUACAAGAGCCAAUCAGAACCUCCGUCCAUCCUCCCAUCUCAGACCAGUGUAGAGAAGACCCAGCAGGUUACAGCACCUGUCAGCGGUCCGAGAUGUGUGGCGCGGUUCGACUACGAGGGUGAGGAGGAAGACGAGCUGACCUUCUCCGAGGGUGACGUCAUCGCUCUGACGGAGGUGAUUGAUCAGGAGUGGGGGCGGGGUCAGAUCCACGGGCGAAUAGGAAUCUUCCCCUUGGCCUUCACCGAGAUCCUGGAGGAACCGCCCCCGUCGGCAGGGUUACAGCCCGUUGUCGUGACAACUGAAUCCUCAGACGUUCCAGACCAGUGGGUUGUGGCUCUUCAUGACUUCUCGGGUCAGACUGCAGAGGAUCUGUGGUUCCAGCAGGGGGCGUUGAUUAGAGUAACACAGCGUGUGGACGCAGACUGGACCAGAGGAACACUGGACGGACGGGAGGGACUGUUCCCCACUACCUUCACACACACCUGUAACACAGCUCAGCCAAUGACGGGCCAGCCUGUGGCCAGGGGCGUGGCCAAGGUCCUGUUUGAUUUCAGUGGAGAGAGCGAAGAUGAGCUCUCACUGAAGGCAGGGGAGGUAGUAACAGGGGUGGUGACAGUAGAUGAGGAGUGGUAUCUGGGGGAUGCAGGAGGGAGGCGAGGCCUGGUCCCCAAAAACUAUCUGAAACUGCUUCCUGACAGCUGCAAAUAGGACUAUGUACACUAUGUGAUAGAUAUAUAUAAACUACAUUGCCAUACGUAUGUGGACAGCCCUUCAAAUUAGUGGAUUUGGCUCUUUCAGCCACACCCGUUGCUGACAGGUGUAUAAAAUCGAUGCACACAGCCAUGCAAUCUCCAUAGACAAACAUUGGCAGUAGAAUGGCCCGUACUGAAAGAGCUCAGUGACUUUUAACGUGGCACCGUCAUAGGAUGCCACCUUUCCGACAAGUCAGUUCGUCAAAUUUCUACCCUGCUAGAGCUGCCCCGGGUCAA